AUGCAAGGAGCCGGGAAACGGCCGACGAAAGUCCCUGACCGGUACAACCCCAGUGCUUCUUACCGUACUCCUUCCAUACUACCUACUUUCGACCUAUCUCUAAACAUGUCUGACAACGAAAGUUCUACCGCUCGCUCUAUUUCCCCCCCCUAUUGAAGACUGUCAACCUGACCUACGCUCUUUAUUACUUCAGUUCCAUACAGACUCCAAAAAGCAAUUUAAAGAGUCCCAAAGACAAUGUCAGAAUUCUUUCCUCGAUCUCAAAAAGGAUAUGACAGAGAUCAACACUAAUCUAUUAUCAAUACUGGAGAGUACUCAAGCUGAGUGUAAGGCCUACACUGAUAAACAAGUGUCAGACGUACGGUCCGAACUCAAGUCUGAUCUAGCUAGUUUUUCUGAUCGCUUGUGCUCAGUAGAGGGUCAAUCUGCCCGGUUAGCUGCUCUCGAAAUCGCUUUUGAAAAAAUGAAAGUCCCCACUACAAAUUCUUUUUCUAAUCUCCCUGUAACCACUCAAUCUCUGCUCGGGAUAGAUAGUCCUAAAAAAACAAGAUACUCUUUCGGCCCUCAAAUUCCUUCUUCUACUUUCAUUGCCCCACCCAAACCAGUCUCCACCAAUUUUCAACCCGCUCUUUCUCAUAAUCAACACGCUCUUUUAAAUCCAACCCUCACACAAAAUCAACUACCCCCCCUUUUAAAUCAAGAUAACGUUCAUAAUUCUCAACUUUAUUCUUCUAACAAUAGUUCUAUUUUCUCUCAAGAAAAAUACUCUGAUGUGAUCCCUGAAUUUAAUGGUAACCUCACCCCUACUCAUCCUGAAGCUUUUCUUGUCGAGAUCAAUGACUAUUUCCAGUUUCAAAAUAUCCCAGACUCUCUUAAAAUUAACAUGGUCCGAAGACGGAUGACUGGUGAUGCCAAACAAUGGUUCCAUGCCCUCACUCCUCCUCCUACCACUUUCCAUGAUUUCACCGUACUUUUCCGUCAACAUUUCUGGUCAUACAAUAAACAAUUAAUGACCCGUAAUGAACUCUCUCGUCCUUACUCUCAUCGCGAUACGUCCUCUCUUCAAAAACAUGCAAUAGAAUGGAUCAAUAAAGCCAAAUACCUUAAUCCCCCCAUGGAAAACGAAACCCUAAUUUUUCAAAUUCUCUCUCACUUCCCAGAAACAGUAGCUAGUCCUUUAAGAAUUCUCCGUAUCAAAACCCUUAAUGAACUCAUUGACCACCUUUCAUAUGCUGAGCAUUCUUACCGUCCUAACAAUAAUUCUUCCAAUAAUCCUUUAAAUUCAUAUGACCACUCUCAAAGUAAUCGACCUAAUAACACUAAUAAUAACUCCUCCAACCGUAAUAAUAAUUAUCAAGACAGAUAUCAAGGACGUCCCCCUUAUAGUAAUGACCGCCGCCACAAUCCUCCUAGUAAUCUUACAUCAAAUACUCCCAACACUUCUAGUACUUCUAAUACCUCUCAAAACCCUCCUACGGGAAACGCCCAAUGACCAGUCUUGUGAGGAAAGCUUCUGGUCCAUUUCCCAACAUUCCUCAAUUAAACAUUCUCUCUCAUCCGUUAAGUCCCGAACAAAAAAUUGCACCAUUACUUAGUUUUCGCCCCAAAAUCGACAUCUCCAUAUUUAAUAACUCCUAUACUGUCCUUCUUGAUUCUGGUGCUUCUGUCUCUGCUAUAUCUGAAACACUUUACAAUAUUUUAAAAAAUGAUCCCUCUAAAUUUGAUAUUCCCUCUUUCCCUCUUUCUAGUAUAUUCUUAAAAACUGCAAUCUCAAACCGGUCUGUCAAAAUUAAUUCCCAAAUCUACUUACAAUUUAAUAUUAACAACUUUAAAACGCACGCAAUUUUCUUAAUAGUUCCCCAUCUAUCCACUCCGCUUAUUUUAGGUACUGACUGGUCUGUUAACAGUAGUAAUAAUCUAAUAUACUCCCUGAAACAUGUUGAACUAGAAGACCUCUGUUUAAAUUCUGUAGUCAAUGAACCCCGUGAAAGCUUGUUUCCUUUCCCUCUAACAAAAAAUGUUGCUCUUAAUGAUAUUCCUCUUGAUGAACAACAACAACAGUUAUUAGAAUCGCUAAUUAAUAAGUAUGAUCACAUUUUUCAGGAUCGUCCAGGGUUACAUAAUUCUUUUUCAUAUAAGUUCAAUGUUCGUGAACAUCAGCCUUACAAAUUAAAACCCUACCCUGUUCCGUUUUCUCGUCGUUUCGCUGUUCAGCAGGAGAUCGACAAGAUGCUUAAUUGGGGGGUUAUUGAAAGAUCUGAUGCACCUUAUAAUAAUCCUUUAGUCACUGUAGUAAAACCUGACGGUUCUAUCCGGCUUUGUUUAGAUGCCCGAAAGCUCAAUAGCAUUAUUCUCCCUACCCGUGACAGUUCUCUUCCCAUUGAUGAGAUUUUAGCUAAAUUUAAUAGUAAAAAUGUUUUUACCACUCUUGAUUUUACUUCUGGUUAUUGGCAAAUUCCCCUUGACCCUUCUGUUCGCCAAUAUACUAGUUUUUUAUAUGAUGGCAGGUCUUACCAGUUUUGUGUUGUACCGUUUGGUCUCAACAUUUCUAAUGCCGCUUUUGGUAAAGGUUUGGAAGCUGCCUUAAACAAUUUUACUGUCCCAUGUCCUUUCCCUAAUGAUAUCCACACGUAUGUUGAUGAUAUACUUAUUUCUUCUCAAUCUUUUCAAAAUCAAUUAAUUAGUCUUGAAUGGAUUUUUCAAAAAAUUUCUCUCUCGAAUCUUACUCUUAAAUUUAAAAAAUGUCAUUUUCUUAAAGCUCAAAUAAAAUUUCUUGGUCACUUCGUUUCUUCCAGUGGUACCAUAAUGGACCCUGACAAAAUAAUAGCUCUUAAAAAUUUUCCUGAACCCCGCAACAGAAAAGAUCUUCAAUCUUUCUUUGGUUUCUGUAAUUUCUACC